UCACAACAAACACUUCGCAAAUCAGUUUGAUGUGUCUUUGACCUUCUAUUGAAUCAUUUUUUACCCGAUUUUAGUGCUUUCUAUACCUUUAUUAGGGAACAAUAUACGCGUUACUUUAUAAUAGUUCAAUCUGUCCAUAUUGUUACCCAUAACAGGCAAUUAUGUCGAAUUAUAAGGAAAAUGGGCGCGAGUUGAAACUUACAGGAGAUAAGAUUAAUUUAGAACGAAGACCUUCCAAUAAGUUGAGCACAGCAAGCGCGAAAAACAAUGCUUAUAUCGCUAAAUGCUUCUCAAGACCUGCCUCUGCACUGCCAAUGCUUAAUUUUCAUGACAAAGACGAUGAAGUCGCAAAAAACAGUCACCGCCCAUUUUCAGCUGGAUAUCUAACUAAUAAGGACGAACGAUUUUCUAAAGAAUAUAUAAAUAGUAGCUUAGAAAGUUUUGAAGACGAAGUACUACCAUCUUCGAACUUAUACAAGAAUCUCCUAUCUGAGCAAGUCAGCUCCUGGAAAACAUACCCACCAAGCAACUUCAGAGGAAACAGUGAAAGCAGCUCUGACUUUCCGGUACACAGUAAAGACAACACUCUCGAAGAAAGUACCUCACUGUCUUCAGAAGAAGCUGCCUACUCUAAAGAUAAAAGUGGAUCGUUUGAUAAAGGUCCGAUUGAUCUAGAACUGCGCCCAGGUUUGACCUCAAAACCUCCAUUGCCUAAGAAGCUUCUGGAAAGCGAACCAAUUGGAGUCAUUGACACCAAUUCACGAGAAUGCGAUGUUUCUGAUAAAAACCGCGAUGCUAUUAAUGCUUAUUUUGAUAUAAAAUAUGACGCUCUCUUAAAAAAAGAAAAUACAAGCAAUAAUUCUGAUUCGAACCCAAACCCACUGUUUGACGCAAAUUUAAACCAGAAAGCCGCCAAUGCUUGCCCAGCAUCAAGAAGAAAUGAGGACACUUCGGGUCGAAAUUCAACCAAAUUUGACCCACACUUGUAUGAAGAGGGUCUGAGCAAUUCAAAGGACAAUGAAAGUGAAAAUAACCAAAAGUGGACAAGGGAAGAAGUAAAGGAGUCGGAAACGCAGACCAAAAAAUAUCGGGACGAGCUCAACUGUGAACAUGACCUGGCUAAUACCAACUUUACAGAUAACACAAAAAUGGUAGAUAAAUGGUCGAAAGCCAACGAAUUUCCUAAUAUAUCUGAUAUUGACAUAAAUGAGCUUUUCCGUGAUGAAACCGACAAAAAAUUCGAAAAGUUUUUUGAAUUUGACCUACAAAAGCGGGAUGAUGAUACGAAUGGUGCGAAACACGCUAGCAGUUGUGGGCCAAAGUUUUCCAAAACUCUCAAGAACAAUACUAAAGGUAAAAACAUUCUCAAUACCGUUAAGUGCGAGAGCCAUAAGAAAAUAACAUCAAAACCAAGAAAACCGGAAAAUAAGACAAAAUUUGUGGCAAAGCCAGUGAAAGGAGGAGCAGACUUUACAGGCGAUACAAGAACGUCACCAGAUAUUGAGACUUGGAUGAACCAAAGUUCCAGGGGCUCAGGGGAGGCCAAGAAAGCUAAUUACCUGCAGUUUUUGAACAAUCUAAGUGAAAUAGAAGACAUGAGUAAAGGGGAAUUUAAUGAGAAAGCAAACCGAGUUGAAGCUGAUGAUAAAAUAAGUGCUGCGGGAAGUUUAGAUGACAUUGUCUCAAUCUUAGAAGAACUAGAAAAUGAGGACAAAAAGUCACACAUGAAGAUUGCUUCAGUUAAAAACUUGGUAGACCAUACUUUAAACCAGUAUGCGAUUGAAGAAAAUCAAUGCUCUGAAAGUAAUAGAAAUGGCAAAACAAACGCUUUUACCUGCGACAUAGCCAAUGUUGAAGAACCAAAGCCUAAAGAGAUUAGUGAACGUUGUGUAACAUUCUCUCCUGUGGUAUCGCAAAGAAACUAUGAAUCCCAUGAGAAUACAGACACACCAGAGAGCAAUUUCAGCAGUGAAAAUAUAUUGAUAAAAGAUAUCAAAGACGCAAAUAAUAAGUUUGACAACGAAUUUAAUUUUGAGUUUAGAGGAUCUAAAUUUGUCUGCAAUAACGGAAACAAUAACUAUAAUGAACUCCUAUCAUUUUUGGAUGAAAUGGACAGGAAAAGUUCGAAAUCACUAAACGAAUCUAAGCAAAGUGCGCUGCUUGCUUCAAAUAUUGCUGAGUCUUCAAUUAAUCUGGACUCCGUUCCUCGCUUGGAUGACUUGGAAGUUCUGAGUAAACAAGAACUGGCACAUCGACUGGUCGAUAUGAGUCUUCGCUUAAAAGAUAAAAGUUCUUCAAUAGUAAUUUUGCAAAACGAACUAUCAGGGCUACGGGAGCAAGUGAUGAAACAGAAUAAACAAACUGAAGCUCUGGUGAAACAAAAAUUAAAGCAGCAAAAAGAAGAGUACGAAGGUGUCGUUAAAAGACAUCAAAAGUUCAUUGAUCAACUGAUUGCUGAUAAAAGGUCUCUUAACCAGCAAUGCGAAGGACUGAUUCAGGAAAUGAAGAUGCUAGAGGAUCGAUAUAACACAAACAGUAAAGCCUUAGAGCAUAAGCAUCAAGUGGAAAUAAAGAAACUGAAAGAAAUGCAUACUGCCGGAGAGAAAAUAAGACGAGAUCGAUGGAUUGAAGGAAAAACUCAGAAAAUUAAGGAACUAACAGUGAAAAGUAUUGAGCCAGAAAUUCAGAAUAUGGAGAAAAGGCAACAGCAAGAGUUAUCAGACUUGAGAGCCCUCCAUAAGAGAGAAAUAGAGGACUUGGAGUUGAAAGCUGCAAGAAAAUUACAAAACCAAUGUGAAACUUUAAGGGAGCAACUGGUUGCAGAAAGAGAAAAAGCUUUAUCCCAUGAAAGGGAAGUUGUGAGGCAAAGAUAUGAAAAGCUGGUGGAGUCCGAAGAAAAAGGAUACCAAGAGCAAAGAAGACGCUUGCAAGCAGACCAUGCAAACAGAAUAAAAGAAUGUGAAGAACGAGAAUCUCAAGUGCAGUUUGAAAAAGACAAAGCGAUCAAACAAGCCCAGGAAGAGUUUGAAGAUCGAAUUCAAGUUUUGAUUCGACGGCAAUCAAAUGAAAUAAAAUUAUUGAAAGAAGCCUCUCAAUUGGAGUUCGAAUCGUGGCAAGUCAAUUUUAAAAAACAACAAGCCGCUAUUAUUUUUGAAAAAGAAGCCGCUAUACGAGAUCAAUGUAGAAGGGAGAGGGAUAAAGAGAUUGAGAACGUUAUUGAUAGAUUGGAGACUGAGGCUUCUGAAAAUAAAGCGCAAAUCGAACAGAGUACUGAAAAUCGAAUUAAACGAAUAAGAGAGAAAUACGAGAAAGAAAUCAAAGAUCUUGAAAACGCAGAGAAAGAGUCUAAGGCUAAAUUUAUCGACUCAAAAACGAAACUUCUUGAAUGUGAAGAAGUUGUCAUUGGACUCAAGUCCACCGUGAAGCACUUGGAAAUGCAACUUGCCCAAUAUAAAGAGUUAAGCGAAAAUCUGACCAAAGAGCGGGCAGAUCUAAAAGAGGUACUUCGACAAGAAAUGAAUGAAGAAGUUCACAAUUUGGAAAAAGAAGUGGCCCAUUUAAAGAAUAACAGGGACAAAGAAAUACAACAAUUAUAUUCCAGGAUCAAAGUGUCCGUAGCAAGAAAAGAUGAAAUUUUAAACGAACUGCAAAUCGAACACAAAGCUUUGCAGGAGAAAUGUAUUUAUUUGGAGAACAUGCUCGAGCAGCAGAGGAAGGAGUACUUGAUCAAAUGAGUCGCAAAAUUUGAACCGUUAUUUAUUUAUUAAUUUAAGUUUGAAAUGUACGUUUUAUUUAUAUUAUAUUCGAUUGAUUAAACCAUGCAUUCAA